CUAACGUUAUUCGAGUAUAUUCAACGUUUUUGAACGAUUACGCUUGUUGUGUCGACACAACUGGGAUGAACCGCUGCCUGAAAAGCUAAACUCAGGGUAUUUCAAGCUCCUAUAUCCGCCACGAUUUGCCCCGCCUUCGCCGAGGAAUCGUUAACUUUAGAGUCCUCUGUUGUUGCUUUGGCAUGUUGUGAAUAUGGCGUCCAAGGGCCAAACUGAUGUGGAAUCAUUUGUCAACCGUUGGAUAGUCGACUACUAUUCACUACUUGCGUUAGAGCUGUUUAAAAACAAGAAACACGACGAUUUCUGUGGAAUUAUAGCUAUACUUGACAGUAUCUUGGUCCGUCCUGUGGUCUCCACUGAUGUCACCCCAACAAAGAUUCGAGUAUUGCACUUUCUCACCCGGAUAAAUGAGGGUGACAAUCUUGACGUUACAUUUGAGCCUGACCAGUCAGUAACUCCUCUGGAGUCAGCCUUAAUGGUCCUGGAAGAUAUGAGCCAGGGAUGCAGUCUGCCAUUGCCACAGCAGGACUUCAAGAAUGUAUGUGCUUCACUGAAAGAGAUGAUGGUGGGGAUGUUAAUUAAGAACAAAAAGUUUGACAAAGCAAAAGAAGUGCUGAACAAACACUUCCCUAAACCAAUGGUUGGCAAGAAAGCUAUAUUCAUGCAUCUCAUCAAUCGGAAGAGUAAAAUGCAUGAAGUCAUCGAGCAAAUCGACUUCCAGCGGUUCAAGGAUGAAAUGCUGGCCUUUUGCCAGAGUCUCUUCAACGACGUUCCCUUUCUCUUCAGGGCUGCAAUGCAGUUUAUUGAUGAAAGCCGACUCAGAGAUCAGGACGACCAGGCAGCUGUACCUGAUGAGCAAGACGAAGCAGGCCCGUCCACUUGUCCACAAAUAGACACGGUCCAAGUUGUACCAUGUAAACGUACAAUAAUCCAGAGGACCAGACUUGAGGCGGCCUACAAGGCUUUGGGUGCAUAUUUAGAUGAGAAAACAUUUGCUCAGCUGGAGGAAGAAAUGGAGGAAGAAGAGCAGGCAAGAAAAGAAGAUAUUCCCCCGCGCCUCCCACCUACUCCUAAAAAGGGCACCAAUCAGGACUCCGAGCAGGAUGGGCUAUUUCAGAGAGACUCAGGCAGCCCCAUGGAGGCUUCCCCAGCAGACCCACCACCACAAACAGAUGCUGUUUCUGAAACACAGGCGGGUUGGCUCUCAAAGAUGCCCUCGGUGCCGAGAAACAGGCAGCCUUACACUGUGGCACGACUUGUUGUCGAGCCGGACAGCCAGGGGAGCUCGCAGUGCACAACAGUCUCACAGGAACUGGAGACUGAUGUCAGAACAGAAGAGCCAGCACCGUCAGUGGCUACACCCAAUAAAGAAGCAGAGCAGAGCCUAUUACCAGAAAACGAGGUGACCAUUCCCAUACGGAAACACCCCAGACGAGGCAAGAACAUUUGCAGCAGAGCCUCAACUAGUUUUGCAGAGUCGUCAGCAGAGAGUGAGGAGGACACUACUGGCUCUGAGGCCACCAGGGAAAUGUGUGUAGGAAAAAGCCAUAACCAUUCCAAAAGUUCACCUGUCCGAAACUCCAGUUGUUCAAAACAGUUGUCAUCAGACAGUGAUGAAGACCCAGAGGAGUCGCCGGCUCUCCGCAAAACCCCACCGAGGAAUUCUUUUAAACGGGCCAGAAUUCUUCUAAGCAAGGUUCCAGAUGCCAUCUCUAUCGCAGAUUCUUCAUUGGACAGCUCACCCGAACUGUUCCCUCGUCCCCCUGUCCCUCAAACGAGCUCCACACCUCACAAGGACUCUCCUCGGGACAAAGGUCAUUCCGGUUCCAAAUGGAAAAAGCUGUACAAUACUGCAAAGGAGAGUAAGGAUACAUGGAGCGAUGAAGAGUCUUAUUUUGGCGCCAGAAAGAGUACUGCAUCGCAUAAUGAGAGCACCAAUUCAAAUUCAGGCAACAGAAAGAGGAAGUGGAGUGACAGAGAGACACAGAAGCUGAAAGAAGGGGUCGAAAAAUUUGGAGAGGGCAACUGGAGUAAGAUAAAGGCGUAUUACUCCUUCAGCGAUCGAACAAAUGUCAACCUGAAGGACCGAUGGAGAACAAUGAAGAAAUUAAAGAUAGUUUAGUAGGUCAGGACACGAUCUAAUGGAUGGAGAACAUUUACCCUUUUACCUUUUUCCACAAUGUUAUUUUGGUUCCUAAAAUGGAAAUAUUUUUCAGAGGGGUACGAGUAUUUCCUCUCUUUCUGUUAGUAUUAAAUCAUGUUUGACGAUAUAUUACAAAAUUUUAAUUCAUAAGCCUCAAUUCUCAGCUUCUAGUCCAAUAAAUGUGACGGGUUGUUGUUGAAAAAAACAAAUGGUGUGAUAUGCAUUAUCACUGCAGCCCUUUAUAUCGUGGCAAGCUCACAAAUACAAAGAUGUUUGAUUUAUUUGAAAGAUUACAUUUACAAAAACGGACAAGCAUUCCCCCUUUCAUUUUUGAUCAGGUCGCAUCAGCUCUGUUACUAGGGAAUCCUGUAGCUGGCAGAUUAGCAGUAUCCAAAGGCGAGUCAGGUUCUUUUUCCAAUAUGGCCGAUUUCAAACCUCUGGCUCUUUAGAUCCAACCACUUCUGUUAAGAAAACAGCUGCUCUGGGUGGGAAAGGAUGUGAAUGUUACUGGGAAUUAAAUGGGUUAAGAAAAGGGGCAUUUGACAGUUCAGCUGUUGAUGCAUCUUUAUGUUAAUGUAUCUUCAUUCCUGAUGAACUCUCCUACGUCGGCCUGGUGGAACACGACAAUGGACAUGGGAUCCACUCGUCGACACUCCUGGGUAGUCUUGGCUGCCACUCCAAAACCCUACGAAAUAAGAUGCAUAAUUGUUUCAGAAAUCCCUUCUGAAUAAGAUGUGUGGAUACAUUCGAAUCAGCAAUAAUGCAUUGUGAAGAAAUGAAACUGCAUCUCAGUGCAGCGUAUGCUCUUAUGUGAACAAUGAUUACCAUCCCACGUGCGGCUUCAACAUAAGCCCUGAUCAGUGCACUGAGGGGCAAAUGUUAACUUAUGUUUAUUUUAUUUGAUAUGGACAGUAGAAUUAUAAUGAAUAAUGUAUCUACAAGAAAAGGAUGCACUGAAGUGUUUGUAGCGAAACACUAAUUUACAACACUUGUCCAAAGAGUCUUCCAACAUGAUUCGAUUAACCAGAAUGCCAAACUAUUCAUGAGACGGGACUCAAAGUUGUCCCGUACUAAUUAAUAAUAAUUUUGCCGGUUUCCGAUUAUCAGAAAAGCUAACGAGGUUAUCCACGAUUUCAAUACUUUUGGGGUGAAAAUAGAUAUGAGGUUUUGUUUUUAUUUUGUCCUUAAAUCUUCGUGUUUCUUUUUGUUUGCUUGUUAAUGUAUUACAGGGCAGACACUUUACAUCUGAAUCUUUCAUGUUUUUGCCCACUUUAAUUUUAGCAACAGCAGACUCUGAGUAUAAAGUGGGUAGGUUAGUCUAAUGCAUUAAUACUUAAUGUUGCCUAUGAUUCUCUGUUUUGUAAAUAAAAAAAUUAAAUCACCUGA